GCUAGAAUGAAUAAUUCUGCUCCGAGUGAAGCAAAAAAAAGGAAGAGAAAUUGGGCAGCGACCAACGAGCAACCCUCGCCGCGCCACCACCCCCCGCCCCGCCCCGCCGCGGCUGCUCUGCUCUGCUCCUGGAGAGAAGCACGCCGCCGCCGAUCUCGCGCCGCAUGAGGCCGACGCGCCCUCGCUACUCCUCCUCCACCUCGUUGCGGCGUUAGGGCUCGGCAUGGACGGCGACGGCGGGUCGGCGUCGGGGGGCGGGAGGUGGUACACGGGCAUGUCGUCGGACAACAUCAAGGGGCUGGUGCUGGCCAUCUCCUCCAGCCUCUUCAUCGGCGCCAGCUUCAUCAUCAAGAAGAAGGGCCUCAAGAAGGCCGCCUCCUCCUCCGGCGGCGUCAGGGCCGGGGUUGGUGGCUAUUCUUAUUUAUAUGAGCCUCUUUGGUGGGUUGGCAUGAUAACAAUGGUUGUUGGGGAAGUUGCGAAUUUCGUGGCUUAUGCCUUUGCGCCAGCCAUUUUGGUUACUCCUCUUGGUGCUCUCAGCAUAAUCAUCAGCGCUGUACUUGCACAUGUAAUGCUGCGUGAGAAGCUGCACAUAUUCGGCGUUCUUGGAUGCGUCCUAUGUGUUGUGGGAUCCACCACCAUUGUCCUCCAUGCCCCGCAAGAGCGUCAAAUUGAGUCGGUGAUAGAAGUUUGGGAUCUGGCCACUGAACCAGCCUUCAUGUGUUAUGUGGCCGUAGUACUUGCUAUUGUCGCUGUGCUUGUGUUCAAGUUUGUUCCACUUUAUGGCCAAACCCAUGUCAUGGUGUACAUUGGUGUUUGUUCUCUCGUAGGUUCCAUCUCGGUCAUGAGUGUGAAAGCUCUUGGGAUAGCUUUGAAGCUCACCUUUUCCGGAACAAACCAACUCAUAUAUCCCCAGACAUGGGCUUUUACUAUGGUUGUCAUCUCAUGCAUCAUUACUCAAAUGAAUUACUUGAACAAGGCCCUUGACACAUUUAAUACAGCAGUUGUAUCACCCAUAUAUUAUACGAUGUUCACAUCUUUAACCAUCUUGGCUAGUGUGAUUAUGUUCAAGGACUGGGACCGGCAAAAUCCGACACAAAUCGUGACGGAGAUGUGCGGCUUCGUCACCAUCUUCUCGGGGACAUUUCUGCUUCACAAAACAAAAGACAUGGCUGAUGGGCUAUCGAACUCUUCUUCAUUUCGUCUCCCAACCAUUUCAUCGGCGCGGUCCUUCAAGCAGACAGAUGAGUAUAGCGAAGGGGUUCCUCUCAGAUCGUCGGACUCGUUCCGGUCACUGCAUUGAUGCCCGGUCAGCCGCGCUGACCAUCGAUUUUCACCGAGCUAGGGCUCAGGAGCAAGCUUGUAAUCAAAACUGUCUCGUGUGCGUUGUAUCUCGGCUGUUUCGUAUGCUCUGGGAGCAUUGUGCCUGAGCCCCAAGGUAUCUAAGUAGUAGGUUGUUAGCUUAGCACCGGAGUGGAAGUUCUGUAUAAUGGAUGGGUGCUGAAAUUUUAACAUAGUUUACUUUGCUGUUGA